AUGUUGCAACGCUUCCUUCGGUAUUCCUUGUUCGCCAUUGCUGUUUGCUGUGCCCUUACCGAAAGAAAUGGAUACACUUCGACAUCUGAGCUGACGAAGGAAAAACCUACCGAGGACAAACUGUUAAGCAACAUCGUACGUGCUAGAAACUCCUCGAAUAAUCUUGUACGUUCGUCGAGCAACAAUACCGAUGCAUACGACAGAAGUUUAGACAAAGAGUCUAGAGCAACGAUUCAACGGGUGGAAUCAGAGUCGAGAGAUAAGUCAAACGUUCUCACGAUACACAUAGAAAUUCGUUAUAUAUUCUGUUGCGGGCCAAGGUACGGUUCCAAUGCAUCGAUUCGACCCGAUUCAUCCUACGGCAAGACUUCGACGGGUAGCAAUCGAUACUUGACUCAAUACGGUGAACGUUUACCGGUCGAUAGAUACGGGUGGCAAACUCAAGGGCAACCGCCGGAUUCGAACGGAAUCACCCCGCGACCUGGACACGGACAUCAUACUGGCGUUGCGCUUUACGAACCGAGUCAAACAGGAGACAGGUUUGCUUUCCGUCCGAGUUAUGGAAGUGAAAGUCCACGUAAACCCAGUGGCUACGAGACUGGUGGCUCUGGAGGAUAUGUCUAUGGUAAUGGUGGUUAUGGUGGAUAUGGUAGCGGGAGACCAACUAGCACAGCCGGAUCCACAUCGAACGCCGGUUAUGGAAUUUCUGGAACCUUUGCUAAUGGCGAAGAAUUUGGGCCCACGGAAUCGAAUUAUCCCGAAGGGAGCGUUCACCCACAUCCAAAUAUUCAGACGCAAAAGGCCGUAGCUUUGAAAGCAUUGGCCGGGGUUGCCUUAAUUGGUGCAGCUGCUGCUUUAGCUACGAAUCCGAUUCUUCUACCAAUUGGUAUCGUGUCGGGAAGGAAAAAACGAUCGAAUUUCUCGAACCAAGAAGAAGAAGCGCGUAUUGAGUACGUUUCGAGAAUUCUGAAAAAUAACAUUUUCAAGCGGUACGAUAGUGCAAGCGAAAAUAAAAGAUUCAAAUCAGCUCAUUAA